UGAAUGUAUAUAAAAAGAAUUGAAAUUACAUUUAUCACGUAACAUCCUGAAAUACUUCAGAAAAGGAAAGUAUAAUUAUACAUUUAAUUGUAUAUUUACUUAAAUAUUGCAAUGAGAAAUCAGCGGCCAGUUUCUUGCGGAUUGGAUUUUUGUUGUGCUGUAAAUUUGAAUGACUGUUUGGUAUAUGCAAGUGACUCAAAAUAUGAUUUUAUUUGUGUUCCUUUAGUUCAUCCUUUAUUCAAAAGAGAAUUUAUCUCUGGUUGUGCCAAAAAUCGUCCAGGACCAUUUACUAGGCCUGACAUAAUUUUAUGCAGUUCAGUAUGCAAGAUUGAUAGGUGGCUUGGAGAACCAGUAAGAUGUUUAAUUUUGCCGACAACAUUAUUUUUAACAAACAAAAAGGGAUAUCCAGUAUUAAGUAAAGCACAUCAAGCAUUAGUGAAAAAAUUUGCUGCAUUGGAAGUACAAUUUAUUUUAACAGGCGCUUCACGUUAUCAAAGUAUUAGUUUUUAUCAUAAUUAUCUUGACUAUUUAUGGAAGGGAUGCCAAAAUGAUGGAACAGUAGAAAAAUUUGCUCGUGGAUAUGAAGAUUAUUUGCAAUGUCCAUUACAACCUCUAAUGGAUAACCUCGAGUCUCAAACUUAUGAAAUCUUUGAAAAGGAUUCCGUAAAGUAUCGAGAAUAUCAAAGUGCUAUAUAUGAAGCUAUUAAAGCAAUAAUAUCUAAGAUGGAUAAAGAGGAAGAAAGAACGAUAGUUAUUAUGGUGGUUGGUGCUGGAAGAGGACCACUUGUAACUGCAUCUCUAAAUGCCGCUGAAAUGGCCUAUUGGAAAGUAAAAGUAUAUGCAGUGGAGAAGAAUCCCAAUGCCGUGAUAACUUUACAGGCUCUUCAGAGAGACAUGUGGAAAGAAAAAGUUACAGUCGUAUCAUGCGAUAUGAGGGAGUGGAAUCCCCCGGAAAAAGCUGAUAUCAUUGUUUCCGAAUUACUCGGAUCCUUUGGUGAUAAUGAAUUGUCUCCAGAAUGUCUAGAUAAUGUUCUUAAAUUCCUAAAAGAUGACGGAAUUAACAUACCGCAAUCAUACACUUCAUAUAUUGCUCCUAUACAAUCUUCUAAACUAUACAAUGAAGUAAGACAGCUUAGAGAUAAAGAUAAACAUCCAUUAGCUCAUUUUGAAACUCCAUAUGUAGUACAUUUUCAAAAUAAAUAUGAUAUAGCAAAUCCAAAGCCACUCUUUACAUUUAAACAUCCGAAUACAGAUGUUAUUGACAAUUCGAGGUACGAAACCAAAACUUUUCAAGUACAUCAGAACUGCGUGUUACAUGGAUUUUCAGGAUAUUUCGCAACCAUUUUAUAUGAAAAUAUCACAUUAAGCAUAGAACCUACCACAUAUAGCCCAGAUAUGUUCAGUUGGUUCCCAAUCUUCUUUCCAUUAAAGGAAUCAAUACAAUUGAAGGCAGGAGAUGAAAUAGUGGUUCAUUUUUGGCGUAGAUGUAGUUCUAAGAAAGUAUGGUAUGAGUGGUGUCUCAGCAAACCUGUUCCAGUUUCAAUACAUAAUUCAACUGGCCGUUCUUCUAUUAUUGGUUUAUAACGUAUUUAUUCAUUAUUAAUUAUUUUUUAUUCACUUGAGAACUUCCCGAUAAUGUAAGAUGACGUCAAUUAGAUUAAAUAUUGAUUACAGAUAUAGUUAAAUUUUCUAAAAAAUAUCUAGACAGAGCAUUAUACAUAUCUGAGUAAUAUUUUUGCAUUAAUUUGAUUUAUAAAAUUACAUUAAUAGCAAAGCUAUCAUUAGAAUCCAAGUAAAAUGAUAUAGAAUUAAUAUGCAUUUUUCUAUUUACAUAACGCAAAAAAUGUUUUAGAAAAAUUUAUUUGUUUAUGUGUCACAUGCGUUUUAAAAGUAUUGUAUAUUAACAUUAUUAUUCAUGCAUUUCUUGUAUAUUUAUGCAGUCACAUCAAGUAAUAAAGUCAUUGUCAAUGUAAAA